AUGGUGACGGAAUUCAUCCUCAUUGGAUUUUCCAGCUUCCCAGAUCUGCAGAUCCCUCUGUUUGUGGUGUUCACCAUUAUGUACUUUACUAUUUUGACAGGGAAUAUUAUCAUUAUCACCACAGUAAGGCAUGAAUCCAGCCUUCAUAUCCCCAUGUACUUCUUCCUUGCCAUUCUCUCCAGUUCAGAAAUCUGCUAUACACUCAUCAUUAUCCCCAAUAUGCUCGCAAAUCUUCUAAGAGAAAAGGGAACUAUUUCAUUUGUUGGUUGUGCUACUCAGAUGUCUAUGUUCCUCGGCUUUGGCUGUACAAACUGCAUGCUUCUGACAGUGAUGGGGUAUGAUCGGUACGUGUCCAUAUAUGGGAAGCGCAAGGCUUUUUCGACUUGCGCUUCCCAUCUGAUUGUGGUGGUUGUGCACUUUGGAUGUGCUUCCAUUAUUUACCUGCGGCCCCAAUCCAGGUACACUUUGAAUGAGGACACCUUGAUCUCUGUCACAUACACCCUGGUGACUCCGUUGCUGAAUCCUGUUGUUUACAGCCUGAGGAACAAGGAUGUCCAAGUGGCACUCCGGAAAUUCCUGGGCAGAAGGGCUUAUGGUGGAUGA